AUGCUCACUGUAUUUAGAUUUGAGGCCAGGGUCUCGCUUGAGCACUCCGAUCUGGUAUCGAAAAGAGUCGAGGAGAGUAUUCAAGUCUUGGACGCGCACUUGGAAGAUGGCGAAGACAUCUACGGCGUCAACACUGGUUGCGGUGGCAAUGCCAGCACCAGAACCAAAAGACUUGAGAGCAUACAAAAAGCGUUUCUGCAACAUCACCAAGCAGGGAUUGUUCCACCUUCAAGUGUUGACAGCCAUACUCUCCCACAUGACGUCGUACGUGGCGCAAUGGUCUUGCGAUGUAACUCAUUGCUACGCGGUCACUCUGCAGUGAGAAUGGAAAUCAUCGACCUGGUACUUCAAGCGCUCAAUCACAGAGUCACGCCAAUUAUUCCUCUGAGAGGAAGCAUCUCUGCAUCGGGAGACCUGAGCCCUUUAUCAUAUAUUGGUGGGCUUGUGGAGGGUAAUUCGGAUGCUAUGGUGCAGAUGAAGACAAAAGAGGGUGACAUCAGGACCAUAGAUGCUGCGAGCGCCCUGAGAAUGCUUGGUAUCAUGCCGUUGACUCUCAGAGCCAAAGAAGCUCUUGGAUUAAUGAAUGGCACGGCACCUAGCGCAGCUGCGGCAGCUCUAGUAUUGCAUGAUACAAACACGCUCGCUAUCCUAGUUCAGCUUCUGACAGCAAUGGCAACUGAAGCGCUCCUGGGCUCUGUGGAUAACUACCAUGAAUUUAUUUCACAGUGUCGGCCCCACCCAGGUCAGGCGGAGGUAGCUACCAACAUCAGAAAGUUCUUGACUGGAUCAAAGUUCAGCCAGAAGACACAGGCGAAGCAGCAAGGGCUCGUGCAGGAUCGAUAUGCACUUCGCACUGCACCGCAGUGGAUUGGGCCCCAGCUGGAAGACCUAUCGCUCGCGAACCAACAGAUCAUCACCGAGCUCAACUCAUCAACGGAUAAUCCACUUAUCGACGUGGCAGGGGAUCGAUUUCAUCAUGGAGGAAACUUUCAGGCCGCGUCCGUCACAUCUGCGAUGGAAAAGACAAGAGUGGCCCUCGUCAUGUUUGGCAGACUUCUGGUGUCUCAGUGCAACGAGAUCAUCAACCCCACGAUGAACAAGGGGCUAUCUCCUAACCUGUGUAUUGAUGAUCCAAGUAUCUCCUUUACGUGCAAGGCAAUUGAUAUCAACAUGUCAUCAUACUUCUCUGAGUUGGCACUGAUCAGUAACCCUGUUGCGGCCCACGUCCAUGUGGCCGAGAUGGGCAAUCAGUCAGUGAACUCCCUUGCUCUGAUAGCUGCUCGUUUUGCUAGCCAGUCAACCGAUAUCUUACACACGAUGAGUGCAGCACAUCUGUACAUCCUUUGUCAAGCUUUGGAUCUCCGAGCCCUGGAGAAAGACUUUCUGGGAGCUAUUGAGCCCCAUUUAUCUUCUCUUUACAACGACCUGUUUAGUGGUACUGUUAUCAAAGAUGAUUUCAGAGCUGUCUGGACGCAGCUUGUGGCGUCAUGGUCUGCUCACAACCAGUUGGAUAUUAAACCACGCUGUACAGCUUCGUCUAUCGAUUCUACAAAUUGUAUAACCAAUAUUAUCAUGACUCACAAAGCGAGUCUGUCGUUAUACGAAGCUGUGAAGAGUUGGAAUACUUCAGCAGCGUCAAUUCUUGCCGAAGAGCACGAAAAGACACGCCACCAGUUCAUCUUGAAUCCAUCUACGCCAAAUUACUUGGCCAAAUCAACAAAGGAAAUUUAUAUCUGGGUUCGGCAGACGCUUCAGGUCCCUCUACAUCGUGGACUCGUGGAUCACCCCGGUAUCGAGGGAACCGAGGAACGGAAAAAGAACAUUGGGUCAAUGGUGACACGGAUUUAUACGGCCAUUCGGGAUGGGGAGAUCAGAGAGGCUCUAGAGAGAGCGACCGAUGAUUAA